AGACUGUACAGUUGUGGCAAAUGUUCGAAAAGCUACGCGCGGCUAGACCACUUGAGCCGCCAUGUGCGUAUGCACACGCAGGAGAAACCCUAUCAAUGUCAGAUCUGUACCAAGGCUUUUGCGCGUGCCGAUCUUCUGAAACGACAUACGCUCGGCCACUCGAAGGAUGAUCCGAACACGAAGCCUGCGGCGGUCCAACAUAGCCGGGUCUCCCAGGCUUGCGAGGCUUGCGCUGGACUUCACCUCAGGUGUGAGGAGGAGAAGCCUUGCAAGCGAUGCAUGAAGAAGGGCAUCGCAUGCAACUUCACCCAGUCCUACCCCACGUCCAAUGGUGAUGGCGCACCGCAGGCUCCUGAGAUGAACUACAUCAACGCUCAAGACCAUGUACCACGACAUUCUAUGUCUGGCGGGCAACCCACGCCGUUACCGGCUAUGCAGAUGGUAGCGCCGCAGAUGCCCACGCCGCAAAUGCAUACUCCACCACAUCCGUCUCAGCAUCAGUCGAUAGUCAUGGACGGAGCAAUGAUGCCUCCGCAAACGCAAGGAAACAGUAACAUGUUCGACUACUUGCGCGACAAGAUGAUGCCGCCCGUCAACGGCGGAGUGCCCACCAAUCUGCAGGUUAUGGAUUACCAGGCUGGACCAUGGACCCCUCGGGAGCUCUUUGAUUUCGGCACGACUGACGCAAGCUACGAACUCAACGACAUGGAUCUUACUUUCCUGGAUACGUAUAACAAUGCCAAUCCGUUCGAUCUGCGAACGCCGAGCAUAGGCUUUCCGACUACCGGGUCCGACAUCAUGCCCAGCUUCACUUCUGCGCCACUGCCGCCGAUUGACACGACAGCACUGCCCAAAGCGUCGGUGUGGCGAUUCAGGCCGCUGGCGAAGGACUCAGGCUCUGCUGAGCAGGCCAAUCUGUCACUUCCUACACCAACCAGCCUUGACAUUGACCGUCGAGUGACGUGCGAACCAUUAUCGCAGACGUCACGAGACAAGAUUCUGGCCAUGAUCCUGAGCACGUGCAAGCCUAAUAGCAUCCCACGCGCAGUCGCUUGCUUUCCUUCCAUCAGCUUGCUCGAUAGUCUGUUCCAAUUCUCGCUAACGUCACCCGGCUCUCACGCAAAGCACUGGAUACACGCACCCACUCUUCUUGCCGGCCAGAGCAGACCGGAAGUACUUGCUGCUAUCAUUGCGGCGGGAGCAGUGCUCACGCCAGACGCCGCAAUACGCAAAGUCGGCUACGCUAUACAAGAAGCCAUCAGGACAGCCGUGCAGGUACAGGUCGAGGAAGACAACACUCUCAUGCGUGAUCUCCAAAUCAUGCAGGCCUCCCUGUUGCAGCUCAAGAUCGGCUUGUGGAGCGGCGAAAGUCGGAAGAUGGAACUCGCUGAAGGCUUCCAUGGUAACCUGAUCACAAUGGCACGUAGAGGCGGCUUCUUCCGACGGGGCACCUACGAGCGCAUCGUACCGUAUGCUGAAGAUCAAGGCGACGUGCUGGAAAGCAAGUGGCGACAGUGGGUCAGGCAGGAGUCGCGGAAACGGUUUGCUCUACACCUAUUCCGGCACGACCUUGAGGCCUCGGUAUCACUCCUUAGCAGUCCGCUGAUUUCGUAUGCUGAGCUGUAUCUGCCCUUGCCGGAGUCUGAAGCGCUAUGGCAUUCUUCCUCUGCGGAGUCGUGGAAAGCGACAUAUCUGCGUAGCUCGGCGCCGCGGCACGAGAGGCAACCGUCUCUGGUCGACUGCAUUCAGGACCUGGACAUCCUUGCAACCAAGGACAUCUUCGUUGACGGGCGACAGGCCAGCAUGGCCGUUCUCGGUGCAGCGUGGCGGAUGAUCUGGGAGUACAGACAGCUGGAUGGCAGUAUCGGCCCUACUUACAACAACCAAUGGUGCAACAGCAACCUACUCAUGGCGUCUCGGCAUGCCGAGCUAACAAAACUGUUGCAAUGCUUCCGAAUGUGCUCCGUGGAGGAUGCCAAGGUGACGCUGAUUCUCGAGCUAUUGCUCAUGCAUUUGCACAUGUCGCUCGAUGACGUCCAGCUCUUCGCCGGCUUGGAAGGCGAAGAGGAGGCUAGGCGUGUGUAUCCGUCGCUUGUGCACUGGACACGCACCACGACAGCGCGGCAGGCGUUAUGGCAUGCUGGGCAAGUCAUACGUGCCGCGCGUAACCUGCGUCAGGGUCUCAUCUGCGAUUUCGCGGCCAUUGCUGUGUACCAGGCUAGCUUGGCUUUCUGGUCGUACGGUAUCAUCACUCGGACUACGGAGCCAGGGCCGAUGCUUAACCAGCCAGUCACGGCUUGGCUUGACACUGCUGAGGAUACUGGCGUACAGCGUUGGAUCGUUAAUGGUAAGGGUAGCGCUGCGAUCCGCACCUGGGCAGGCACGCCGCCGGCGGAAACAUUGGCGUUUGUGGGCUCUCCGGAUGAAGUCGUUGCGGCUGUUGUGCAAGUCAUGCGCUGGAAUCAUGCUGAGGCCAGAUCACCGCCACUCGUGGACAACUUGAUCAAUAUGAUGGACGGGCUGCGAAAGGCGGCAAGG